UUUAGGAUGCAUGGUUUUAAAAGCUUUAAGUGUCUCAUUUGUCCUCUAAAUUCUAUAGCUUUACAUUACCUAUUAUACAUUAGAUUUUUGAUUGAUUGAUGAUUGAGGAGUCUCUGAAUUAAACCGAUUUCAAGAAAAAUAAAUGAUCCAAUGAUUAAAUAAUAAUACUAGUAUAGUAUGGUUUGAUCAAAAUCUGAGAUAUUAUGAUAGUAGUUUUUUCAAAGAUUUGCUUGAAGAAACUCAUUGUUUUUAGAUAACCUAGAGAAUGAUUUUUCCAUGCAAACCCUCUGGUUUUUUGUAGAUGUUUUCUGCUUUCCAUCUCAUGUUUCUAGUAUGAAGAUUGAUUUGCUGAGACGAAAAAUAUAACUAUUCUGUUUUCUUUUUUAUUUUCUGGAUCUUCACCUUCUUUUCUCUCUAUUCAACAUUCAAAAUCUGUGUGUCUUGUUGGAUUAAUUUUUGAAAAAGAAUAUUAUUGAACUUUUAUAGGUUGAACACCAAGCUGUUGUGUUAUUCUUCCUCUAGUUUUUCUCUGUCGUCUUUUGUUAAUUUAUUGUAUUCGGACUUGAGAGUUCUGAAUAUCGAAGUUACUUUGAAACUUUGGCCCACAAAUGAAAAGAUUUAAGUACUGCAGAUUGCGAAAUUAUUCGAGUGAUUAGCACUGUUGUUUUGAUUUGAUUGCUUAGCCUUUCCGUACAUAAUUUGUUGCUUGUGUGGUUCUAUCAGUUGAUGGGUCUCCCGAUUGUCUGGGAUAUGAGAAGUUCCAGUGUUCUUCAUUUUUUUGAUACACCGUUCUUCAUUUUCUAGAUUUAUGAAUAAUAUAUGUAGUUUGGGCCGACCUAUUGUUUUUUCUAAAUUAUUUUGCUAGUGCAUGAUGUUGGUAAUUAUUUAUGUGAUUUGAUAAUUUUUAAAGUAUUUUAUUGCCAUUUAAUUAUUCAAUCUCUCUUUAGUUUUUGCUACUCUGACAAUGAAAGGUUAUAAAAUGAUUACUCUGGAUAUUUUCUUUUAGGUAUAAGUCUACUGUUACAUAUGUAUUCUUCAUCAACCGGGCCACUUGUUUAUUUUAUUCAAUUCACUGAUCUCUUGCUGAAUUCUCAACUUGCAGUAAGUUAUAUUGAAUGAUUAUUUGUGGCUGUUGGUGUGUUCUGAGGUGGGGAGAGUAGUUCAUGGUUUUUAUCUGGCGACCUUGAGUUAGUUUUCAUAGCUGGUUUAUUAGGUCAUCUUACGGGCGUGUUUUCGAGAUGAUUCAUUAUCCGCCAUCUUGUUAUGUUUUUCUGUUUAUUUUUGGUUUUGCUAUGCUGUGACUAUUAUUUUUGUUCUUGCAGGUAACAUAAAUCAGCAAGAUGGUCCAAUACAACUUAAAGAAAAUCACAAUAGUCCCGCCCAAGGAGGACUUCAUCAACAUAAUCCUCUCCCGCACCCAGCGCCAGACCCCAACAGUCGUCCACAAAGGAUAUGCCAUCUCCCGCCUCCGCCAAUUCUACAUGCGAAAGGUCCGCUUCACACAGCAGAACUUCCAUGAGAAGCUUUCCACCAUAAUAGACGAGUUCCCUCGAUUGGACGGUAUCCACCCUUUUUAUGGUGACCUCCUUCACGUCCUUUACAACAAGGACCACUACAAGCUUGCCCUUGGUCAGGUCAACACAGCGAGGAACCUCAUUGGGAAGAUUGCCAAAGACUAUGUCAGGCUACUCAAGUACGGGGAUUCACUUUAUAGGUGCAAAUGCUUGAAGGUUGCCGCCCUAGGGCGAAUGUGCACUGUUAUUAAGCGUAUCGGCCCUAGCUUGGCUUAUUUGGAGCAAGUGCGAAAGCACAUGUCUCGGCUCCCUUCUAUAGACCCCAACACUCGUACUGUCUUGGUUUGUGGUUAUCCGAACGUGGGGAAGAGCUCUUUUGUGAACAAGGUCUCUAGGGCUGAGGUGGAUGUCCAGCCGUACGCCUUCACGACCAAAUCCUUACUUGUGGGCCACACCGAUUACAAGUACCUCCGCUACCAAGUUAUCGACACCCCAGGGAUUCUUGACCGUCCAUUUGAGGAUAGGAACAUUAUAGAGAUGUGCAGCAUCACCGCCCUCGCGCAUCUAAGGGCGGCUGUGCUUUUCGUGUUAGACAUUUCGGGGGCUUGUGGGUACAGCAUUGCCCAGCAGGCGGCGCUCUUCCACAGCAUUAAGUCGCUGUUUAUGAAUAAGCCUCUUAUUAUCGUGUGCAACAAGAUUGAUCUCCAGCCGUUGGAGGGGCUUUCUGAGGAGGACAAGAAGCUGGUGAUGGAGAUGAAGGCCGAGGCCAUGAAGGCUGCGGCGGCGCAAGGCGGAGCGCCUAAUGAUGAGGGAGUGCUAGUGACCAUGAGCACUUUAACAGAUGAAGGGGUGAUGGCCGUUAAGAAUGCUGCUUGCGAAAGGCUCCUCGAUCAGAGGGUGGAGGUGAAGAUGAAGUCGAAGAAGAUAAAUGAAUGCUUGAAUCGGUUCCAUGUUGCUAUGCCAAAACCUCGUGACAACAAGGAGCGGCCGCCCUGCAUUCCUCAAGCUGUUUUGGAAGCCCGAGCUAAAGAGGCUUCUGCUGAGAAGGCAAAGAGGAAGCUUGAGAAGGAUCUGGAGAACGAGAAUGGUGGGGCCGGUGUUUAUUCGGCAAACUUAAGGAAGCACUACUUAUUGGCCAACGAGGAGUGGAAGGAAGAUAUAAUGCCAGAGAUAGUAGAUGGGCACAAUAUUGCUGAUUUCGUCGAUCCCGAUAUACUGCAGAGGCUGGAAGAGUUGGAAAGAGAGGAGGGCCUUCGGCUUGAGGUGGAGGAACAAGAUUUUGAGUAUGACGAUGAAGACCUGUCUCCUCAAGAGCGUGAGGCUUUGGCGGCAAUUAGGCACAAGAAGAGGUUGCUCAUCCAAGAACAUAGAAUGAAGAAGAGCACCGCCGAGAGCCGCCCCAUUGUUCCAAGAAAGUUUGACAAGGAUAGAAAGUUCACAACUGAGAGGAUGGGGAGGCAACUUUCUGCCAUCGGGUUGGACCCCACUGCAGCUAUUAACCGUGCACGGAGUAGGUCGGUGUCGAUGAGGGGUCGGAAGCGUGAGAGAUCAUUGGUGGGUAGGGAUAGCGAAGGAGAGGGCGAAGCCAUGGAUGUAGACGGAGAGCAAGCCAACAAGAAGCUAAGGUUGAGGUCCAGGUCGAGGUCCAGGUCGAAGUCGCGGCCGCCUGGUGAAGUUUCCCCUGGAGAAGGAUUCAAGGACUCAGCCCAGAAACUCAAGGCGAUAAAGAUUGGGAAGAAAUCUGUGAAGAAGAGGAAUAAAGCUGCUCGCAAGGGAGAGGCAGAUCGGGUCAUCGUCGACUUGAAGCCGAAGCACUUGUUCUCCGGGAAGCGUAGUAUCGGAAAAACCAGCAGGCGCUAGAUGCUUGCCUCUGUGUUAGUUGCUAAUGGCAUGAAUUUUUGUUCUGGUUUGUUGCUAUUUCUGAGUAUAUGUUGUUUUGACAUUGAAAUGGUUUUGGAUGAGCUCUCUCUCUCUCUCUCUCUCUCUCUCUCUCUCUCUCUCUUUAGUGCUUUGCUUCGGUAAAUGAAUGAUAAAGAUUUUUUAUUUCCCUGUUUAAGAAGCUAUUUGAAGGUUUAAUUGAA